GUCAGAUUGGGCUGCGAGCAGGUUCAGUAGGUACAGGCAAGACAAGUUCCAGGUUAAAGAUUCUAUAGUCUACAUAGUAUGCAUCACUCUCGGUUUCUUUGAAGUCUGGAGUACAAAGACCUGGGUAUAUAAUUCUGGCAGAUGAACAUACGUCAUGUUACACUAGUGCAGCAGGAAUAAUGUUAGCCAAUAUAAGGCCGCUUUUGCUGAUCUCAUUUUCAUACUCCUGUAGUAAGCGAAACCGUGGGUAUUUAUUCACAUGUGGUGGUCUUCUUUCUCAAGAACCAACAAGGUAUAUAUAUAUAUAUAUAUGUAUCAUUAUUAGAUUUCUCAGUGUCUAUCAAGAGUCUGAAGCCAUUUGAGAUAUGUCUUGACUCGCAUGGACCCAUUCGUUUGAGCUGGUUGUUCGAUCAUCUUUACUAUUUGGGAUAUUGGGUGUUUCGAUAUCUAUCUCUCGUUUGUCACUGUAUUCCAACAGAUUGGGCACAGAUGAAUACGAAUUGUAGCAAUACCCU